AUGCACGACCCGUUUCCUAUCCCACCACUGCCAUGGCUCAGUAAAGCCGUGCAGCCUUUCGCCGACUAUUUCCACCUCACAACACUCCCUUUGCAUGUUCAUGAGGUGCUUAUCUCCUUCCUGGGAUACACAUUUAUCAAUAAUGUCCUCGCGCCUCAGCUCUCGAAGCGCAUAUUCCCCGUCAAAUAUGCGAAGCUCUCCCCAGAACGGAAAAUCAACUGGGAUGUCCAUGUGGUGUCCCUGGUUCAGAGCACAACUAUCAACUUUCUUGCGCUAUGGGUGAUGUUCAACGAUGAGGAGCGCAAGAACAUGGACUGGCAGCAGAGAAUCUGGGGCUACACAGGUGCCGCGGGAAUGAUUCAGGGCAUGGCGACUGGAUAUUUCCUCUGGGACUUGAUGGUUACGCUCCAGAAUGUUAGGGUUUUUGGACUCGGCAUGCUCGCGCAUGCUCUCAGUGCUCUCAUUGUCUUCUCUUUUGGAUUCAGACCAUUUGUUAAUUUCUAUGGAUGUACUUUCAUCCUCUACGAGCUAUCAUCUCCAUUCUUAAACUUCCACUGGUUCUUCGACAAACUGGAUAUGACUGGCUCCAAGGCACAAUUAUACAACGGCAUCAUGCUCCUUUUCACAUUCUUCAGUUGCCGCCUGGUGUGGGGAACCUACCAAUCCGUCCGCGUCUACCAAGACGUCUGGAAAGCGCUCCACCACCAACCAGCUACUACCAGCAUUGACAUCGAUGCCUUGAACGGCACUGCCGCUGCGACUGGAAAGAGCGCCGCUCCUGUCCAUGAUGGUAUCAUGCGCUUCGCAGGAGAAGAGUUUGUCCCAUUAUGGCUUGCCUUUACAUACCUAGGCAGCAACGUCAUUCUUAACACUCUGAACUUCUACUGGUUUGGCAAGAUGAUCGAGACAGUCCGUAAGCGCUUCCAGCCGCCAAAGGAAACCAAGCGUAAGGAGAAGGCUGUUGCUACGAGAAGCACUGGUGCGAAUGGGAAGUCGAGAAUCGAUGUCGAUGAGACCGAAGUGCGAAGAAGAAAUGUGGUUGAUGAUGAGCCAAUCGAUGCUAUUUCAUGA